AGCAAUUCACUGAUCUUCCUUUCCAAAUAUCAUAUCCUCAACCAUGGAUCUUCCACAAAUUACAAGUUUCAAAAUUCUGAUGUUCCCAUGGUUGGCUCAUGGCCAUAUCAGCCCUUAUCUUGAGUUCUCCAAAAGAUUAUUGUCCAGAAAGAAUUUCCAUAUCUCUGUCUGUUCGACAGCCAUCAAUAUCACUUCAAUCGAAAGCUUCAUCAAAAGCAACAAUUUGGGGGACUCCAUUGAAGCUGUGGAGCUCAAAUUGGAGCCAUCCGUACAGCUUCCUCCACACUACCAUACCACAAAGAAUCUCCCUUCAAAUCUCUUACGCACUCUCCUGAAAGCCUUUCAGACAGCCAGAUCAAGUUUUUCUGAAAUCAUCACGACACUGAAGCCUGAUUUAAUCAUCUAUGACAGUUUCCAAACAUGGGCUCCCAAACUUGCAGCAUCACAAGGUCUUCCAGCAGUUCAUUUUUUUGUUCCUGGAGCAGCUUCGUCGUCGUACAACCUUUAUCACCACGGUCGUUGUAUCGAUAACUAUAAUUUCUCAGAACUACGUCUCAAUGAUUAUGAGAAAGGGAUACUUGAUGACACGGUGAAUUUUUUCAAUAAUGAAAUCUGUGACAAGGGCGAGGAGUUCUAUUUUGUUAGCAUCCAAUCAUCAACAGAAGUUGCCUUGAUGAAGACCAGUUGGAGCUUGGAGGGGAAGUACAUAAACUAUGUUUCCGGUGCUUGCAACAAGAAAAUAUUACCAACAGGCCCUCUUGUCACAGAUUCAUAUUCUUCUUCCAACGACGAGAAAUCGAUGAUAUUACAAUGGCUAAGCAAGAAAGAGCAUCAUUCGACUAUUUACAUUUCAUUCGGGAGCGAGCUCUUCUUGUCGGAGGAAGAAAUCGAGGCAAUAGCAAAAGGGCUGGAGCUUUGUGAGGUGAACUUCAUAUGGGUUCUAAGAUUCCCUCUUGAGGAGGAGACAAAGACCAUCGAAGAGACACUUCCAUUAGGGUUUCUUGAAAGGGUUAAGGAAAGAGGUAUAGUGACUGGAUGGGCACCACAGGCAAAGAUUCUUCAACAUUCUGGAAUUGGUGCAUUUGUAAGUCACUGUGGAUGGAGUUCGAUAAUGGAGAGUAUGUAUUAUGGGGUUCCCGUCAUAGGAAUGCCAUUGAAAGGGAUAACGUUUCUCGACGCCAAUAUGUUGGUGGGGUGUGGUGCUUGUGUGAGGGUUCCAAUGAAGGAGAAUGAAGGGUAUAAAGGAGAAGACAUAGCAAUGGUGAUUAGUGAUGUGAUCUUUGGAAAUGGUGGAGAUAAGCUGAGGUGUAGAGCUCAAGAGUUGAGUGAGAAGAUGAGAAUGGAAGAGGUCGAGGAGAUGGAUGUUGUGGCUGACCAACUAUGGAAGAUUUGUUUAAAGAAUCGGCCAUAAGCUAUCAUUAAUUUAAUCAUGGAGCAUAAUAAGGUUAAGUGUUCGACAUUUAUAAGUUGUUGAAUAAACCAAUAGAUAUAUAAUAUUGUUUGGUAGAUUAUGAAUAUUUUUAUUUUUCUUCAAUGCAACCACAUGUUUCUUGCAAGGUAAUAUGAAUAUUUGUGAUUCUCGACAUAAGCAUUUUCGUCGUUAUAUGUCUACUGCAU